UGGCAGUGGGCACGGCUCGCAGUGCUAGCUAGCUCUACAUAGCGUUUCACUUAUUUCUCCCAUUUCUCCCAUUCACUUUACAUUACAGGGCAUUACUACAGAACCGGAAGGAGCAGCUUGCAAGUGUCAUAGCACAAACGUUAGUGGAUCAACCUGGAAGUUCAGUGCGGCCCUUCGCUCCCUUACGUCGGUCGGUGAAAUAUUUCUUUGAACAGGUGAAGCUGCCCAUAUUUGCAGCAUGUAACGGAAUAUAUGAAGAUACGUUUGACCAACUGAGCCGGAACGAUUCAUCCCAACCAUCACUGUCUUCAACUGGUAGUGUGUAAGUGAGUGAUGCCUGCAGGAUCGAGCAGUGACUGUCCUCACCUUGAGUGUGUAGGUGAGAUCACCAAAGAAGAACUUAUCCAGAAGUCUCAUGGCCAGUGCCAGGAUUGCAAAGUUGGUGGACCAAACCUCUGGGCUUGCUUGGAGAAUGGCUGUGCUUAUGUGGGCUGUGGAGAAUCCCAUGCUGACCACAGCACUGUCCACUCUCAGGAGACGCGGCACAACCUGACGGUGAACUUGACGACGUUGCGUGUGUGGUGCUAUGCCUGUGGGAAGGAGGUGUUUCUGGAACGUAAGCUGGGCCCGCGCUGCCCCGCCCAAACACCAAGCACCAAGCCCCUCUCCCCUCUGCAGACACCUAGCCAGGAGAGCAGUAGAGUGCCUGGCAGCCCCACCUCCCUGAGGGUGCAGCAAGCUGGACCCUGCGAAGACAUGGACAUGGAGACGGAGGAGGAGGAGGAAAUCCGCGCCAGAGGUCUUACGGGGCUGAAGAACAUUGGCAACACCUGCUACAUGAACGCAGCCCUGCAGGCCCUCUCCAACUGUCCUCCAUUGACCCAGUUCUUCGUGGAGUGCGGGGGCCUGGUGCGGACUGACAAGAAGCCAGCCCUCUGCAAGAGCUACCAGAAGCUGGUCGCAGACCUGUGGCACAAGAGCAAGCCCCCAUAUGUUGUGCCGACAAAUCUGUUUCAGGGAAUCAAGGCAGUCAAUCCCAUGUUUAGAGGAUACUCCCAACAGGACUCCCAGGAGUUCCUCCGCUGCUUGAUGGACCAGCUGCACGAAGAACUGAAAGAGGCGCUCCCCGAGCCGGACGACCAGAAUGGCUCCGUACUGGCCAUGGACGAGGGCCUGGCCGAGGACAGCAGCAGCGACAGCCGCAGCCAGCAGUCUGACAACGACUUCCAGUCCUGCGAGUCGUGCGGCAGCAGUGAGCGGGCCGACAGCGAGGCGGCCGCGGGAGACCCCGGUGCUGCCAACACGGCAGGGGUCGAAGGGCAGCACUGCCCAGACGAGCCCAACGAGGCGGAGCUGCUCAUCCCGGAUGAGGCCCAGGCCAACCGGCAUUGGCAGAAGGAGAAGAACCUCAUCAACGACCUGUACCGCGCCGGCUCCCAGACCGACCUGGACAAGGACGUGGACACAGCCAGCGAACACACGCCCAUCAUCAGCAGCCAGGGAGCCAUCAAGAGCCGAAACUCAGAGGGGUGUCCUGAGUCACAGAUCACCUCCACGAGCAACAUGCGCCCCCACAGCCCUAGUCCCUCUGAUGCCAUGCUGCCCAAGAUCUCCAGCAGCCCGCCCAAAUCAACAGCUGUGUGGCCCGGCAUCACCACGACUCACAAAAAAGUGCCCAUGUUUGCCCCAGCUAAGAGCAGACAUCAGAGAAAAUACCGCAGCGUAAUCUCAGACAUCUUUGAUGGCACUAUUGUCAGCUCGGUGCAGUGUCUGACCUGCGACAGGGUGUCGGUCACCCUAGAGAACUUCCAGGAUAUCUCGCUGCCCAUCCCGGGUAAGGAGGACCUGGCCAAGCUGCACUCAUCCUCCCACCAGACGGCCCUGGUGAAGGUGGGCUCGUGCGGAGAGGCCUACGCGCCACAGGGCUGGAUCGCCUUCGUCAUGGAGUACAUCAAGAGUUGGUUCUGGGGACCUGUUGUAACUCUACAAGACUGUCUGGCCGCUUUCUUUGCCAGAGAUGAACUGAAGGGAGACAAUAUGUACAGCUGUGAAAAAUGCAAGAAGUUACGGAACGGGGUCAAGUUCUGCAAAGUGCAGAGUCUGCCGGAGAUUUUGUGCAUCCAUCUGAAGCGCUUCAGGCACGAGCUGAUGUUCUCGACCAAGAUCUCGACGCACGUCUCCUUCCCCCUGGAGGGUCUGGAUCUGCAGCCCUUCCUGGCCAAAGACUGUGCUGCACAGACCAGCACCUACGACCUCCUGUCUGUCAUCUGCCAUCACGGCACCGCCAGCAGUGGACAUUACAUUGCUUACUGCCGGAACGACACAAACAACUUGUGGUACGAGUUUGACGACCAAAGCGUCACGGAAGUUUCAGAGUCGUGUGUCCAAAACGCUGAGGCCUAUGUAUUGUUCUACAAGAAGAGUAACGAGGAGGCGUUGAAGGAGCGGCGGCGGGUCAACAGCCUGGUGAGCCUGAUGGAGCCCAGCCUGCUGCAGUUCUACGUCUCACGUCAGUGGCUCAACAAGUUCCGCACCUUCGCAGAGCCGGGUCCCAUCUCCAACAACGACUUCCUCUGUGCUCAUGGUGGGGUGCCGCCGCAUAAAGCAUCUUUCAUUGACGACCUGGUGGUGAUGCUGCCUCAAAAUGUCUGGGACCAUCUCUAUAGCCGGUACGGAGGAGGGCCUGCUGUCAACCACUUGUAUGUCUGCCACACCUGUCAGAUGGAGAUAGAGAAGUUGGAGAAAAGACGCAAGAAUGAGCUGGACAUAUUUGUCCGGCUGAAUAAGGCAUUCCAGGAGGAGAAGUCUGCUGUGGUCAUUUACUGCAUCAGCAUGCAGUGGUUUCGCGAGUGGGAGAGCUUUGUCAAAGGCAAAGACAGUGAAGUUCCAGGGCAAAUUGACAACUCCAAGAUUGCAGUGAACAAGAAUGGCCACAUCACGCUUAAACAAGGCGCCGACUCCGGACAGAUUUCCGAGGAGACGUGGAACUUCCUCCAUUCCAUCUAUGGCGGCGGACCGGUUGUGACCAUGAGGUCCAGUGUAGGGCAUCAGGAGACGGAAGCCUCCCAGGCAGAGGAGAAGAUUGAGGUGGAGACACGCACAGUCUAGCCCAGAUCCCCUGCCUCUGCCUUCCUCCUACUACCGAUCAUUCCCUAGCAUAGGACACAACACCUGAUCACAUUCUCACAAGAAAAGGAAAACGGAAAAAGGACUUUUUUUUGCACUUGACUUUUUUUAUUAAUUAUUAUUAUUAUUAUUAUUAUUAUUAUUAUUAUUAUAUAUUAUUAUUUGUGUCCAAAGCUGCAUCUGCUUGUAUGACCCACCUCAUGCUAUCAUGAAUCCUGUCUCUUGACUGAUCUCCUCGGACUGCUGAAGAAGAAUCUGGUGAAGAUCAGAAUCGCACUGGUGAAUACUGUCAAACUGUCGGGUUGUGUCUGUUAAAAAAAAAAUUAAGCAUUUUAAUUUUCCUGUGUGCAGCUGAAGACUUGACUGAUUUGCGACAGUUUUCCUUUCCAUGAUCAAAUAGCUGAAAUGUCAACCUUAAUGUUCUUGUGUAAUUGAAUACAGUUAAAAAAUUACAAUGCAUCUGUAGAUAAUGGUCCAGGUACUCCUUCCAUACUCUAAAGUGUCGUUGUAGUGAGUGAACAAAGAAGGAAGCUCUUGUUUUGCAAUUGUGAUGAGCAAAAUCAAAAAGGUUAAGGGAUAAUAAGUACUUACAAAGUAGUCUCAGGAAAGAUUUUUUUUUACUGUACUGUAGACUCAAUGCCGCAUGCUAUCACUAAUGUCUGAUCUGUAUUUGAAUGUACCUGUACUUAAAAAGUAUGAUGAGUUUCUGCGCUAAAUGUUAUUUAUCCCAAAUGGGUGUGACUUAAUAUAAUGUUUAUAGAUUUUUGUAGAAAAUGUUUGGCAAGCCAAAAUCGGUGAACAUGCAUGCUUAACAGGGAAAUGUUGGCACACUGCUAUAAUGGCAGAUAUGACCUGGCCAUGUUAAAUUCAGUGAAAAGUCGCAUGCACAUGCAAAAAAAAAAAAAAAAACGUAUGGAGCACACACAUUUGCACCUCAGCUAAAAGACAUCCACAUAAUACUACCGGGCCUUUUGAACAUAUUACUUUGGCUAUAUCUAUUGGCUAAAUUAAUGCAUAUGAAUUUGCUGAAGGCCAUAAAUUGUCAAUGUUAUGACUGGAAAGAUGAUCAGAAUGCCACUUGUACAAGGGGAAGAAUGCAAACAGAAGUUUCUCAAAUGAUGAUUUGUUUGUCAUUGUUAUAUUUUUCUUGCUGGAUUACAUUAAAUGCAAAGAAAUUGA